UUCCAGAAGAAAUGGCGUUUCCACAAUUUUAUGGAAGUUUAAUGGAAGUUUUGCUUGUUAUUCCACUUCCAAUCGACCAUUAUAAAGCCAGCGGUCUCUUUGGAAGCUUGGUUGCCUUCCCUCCACGUAGUGGAUAUCAUCCCCCUUUAUUAUUGUCCCUUUCCUUUCUGAAAAUUCUCUACCAGGCAAAUUUUGACCAUGUCAGGCACUUUGCCGGGAGUUCAUCUCGCUCGCCGGAGGUGGGCGAGCCGCCGCCACCACCAGCAGCCGAUCGGGCCGAAGCCAUCCACUUGGCCGUUGGAUCGCUACGCCUACUCCCCUUCAGGCUUAAUGGUCAGCGGAUCUUCCCUGGACGAAAAUACUCUCAGGGCCAGGCGUAGUCUAGAUGAGAAGCUCCGAGGCCUGAAGCCGAGUUCCAAACGCGGAUGGAGCAUAAUUUUCAGACGGGAAAACAAGGCUACCACACCUGAGCCUUCGCCCGCGACAUGCUGGAGAGAGACCACUAGCUGCAAGUACGGUGAAAUUUUCCGGCCGGCCAUCCUUGCAAGCCAAGUUGGUUCGGAGGGGGAUGUGUGCUCCAUCUGUUUGGAUGAGCUUCAGUUGCAGCAGCCAGUGAUCCAUCUGCCAUGCUUACACAGAUAUCAUGCAGAGUGCCUCCGUCCUUGGUUGAAUGCUCACUCCCACUGCCCCUACUGCAGAGCCCAUGCUUCGUCGGAUCUAAGUUAGUUUGCGUGCUUGGAAGUUCACUGUUGAUGGUAUUAGGAUCUUUGGUGUUCGGGAAAUUGGUCAAGCUUUUAAUGCCUGAGAAUCAAGUGAAACAUGAACUUGGUCGUGCUAUCCCCUUCUCCUACAAGAACUUCUCGUUUAUUUGAAAGCCUUUUGUUGUACUAUGUCUAACUUGGGA